AUGGCAGACUUCCGCAAGUUGGCUCUUGAGUUUGUCCUGAGCGACAAUGUCGCUCGCAAGCAAGAGAUUGCCCAGGAGUCGGCUUCAGUUGCCACAUUAAUCCACUUCUUUGGCAACAUGUUUGACUUCGAUGUCAAAGCUGGAGUUCUCCCUGCCGCCAAAGCGCUUACUCACCUGAGUAACAUGGAAGGCUUCCAGGCUACUGAUGGAGAUAAGAUCAUCUCAAGCAUUUGCACCCUCAAAGAUGACUUCAAGUUACAGGUUUCGGAGACUCGAUCCGUAAUCUACGACUUGAUCAACGUCCUGAUCAGUCGACCUGACGUCUCCAACGACCUGCAGUACCGUUACGGCUCCACGUCCGGCUUCAUGACCGACCUUCUGCAGCUGUGCCGCAAUGAGCGUGACCCCAAGUGCCUGAUCACCUGGUUCGGCAUCCUGAAGACUUUCCUCGCCGAUUACUCUGCCGCAAAUGAGCUCGCAGAAGAAGUAUUCAAUGUGUUCUCGGCCUACUUCCCCAUUUCUCUGAGGACGUCCCAACACCCUUCAGGAAUUACGGCAGACGAUCUGAAGCUUGCGCUACGAGGCUGCUUUGCCGCUCAUUAUCGACUUGCUUCCCUCACAAUCCCUUACCUUGUCGGGCGGCUAGAUUCGGGGGACUCUGUCACCGUCAACGUCAAGUUGGAUAUUUUGAAGACUAUCAAGGCUUGUAUCGACAAUUACACGCAUGUACAGCAAGGUCUUGUCCCCUACGUUGACAAGAUCUGGACGAGCCUCAAGUAUGAGGUUCGCAAUGGUGAAAUUGAAGACACAAUCAAGGGAACUCUUGAAGUCAUCCGAACGAUAGCGGAGAAGCUGACAGGUAAUGACCUUCGAGACUUCGCCCUUACCGUUCAAAGAGAUUGUCUCGACGACCUGUCCAACCCGACGUACGCUACAGGGUCCGGCAAGCUCUUGGUUGCAGUCCAUGGAGCCAAGCCGUCAGCUUUUGCUAUCAUGGUUUCUCCGACAUUGACGCAUGUCAAGGAAAACCUCCGCCACACUCGCUCUUCUGAACACACACGCAGCCUGUUGGCGCUUUCCAACGCCCUCCUCAAACUGCGCGCCGCACUGGUUGAUCCCUCAAUGACCGCAGACGAUCUACAGGCCUUCCGUUCUACCGAGCCAGCAUUCGUGUCUCUUCACCGAGAAGCGUAUGCGCUACCCUUUCACCAGGCUACAAACCCAGGUGCACCAAAAGAUGUUGUCAGCAUUGGCCUGGAGGCCAUUGAGGGCAUGGGCUUGCUUGUCAUCCAACCAUCCGCCAGCUCAGGGUCCAAAUUCGGUUUGAUGCUGCGUGAGGAAGCGGCUUCAGAAAUCUGUUCUGAACUUUCGACAUUCCUCUUCGCUGCUCAGCACGACGCCGCGUCUGAAUCAACUUCUGCCCUAGUUGACCAAACCCUGUUUGCCCUGCAAAAAGCCAGUAUUAUUUUUCCACCUGUCUUCCCCAAGCUCGUCUCAGAUAGCUCCACUGUCUGCCGCUCGGCAGCCUCAAGCUCGCCGGCUGAGCUUCAGGCAACACUCCACUAUAUCCUGCCUAAGCUAGCCUUCACCGGCUGUUCCGAGGUCCCGAAAUCUGGAGAGAAAACGAAACACUUUGUGCUGCUCCUUGGCACUUUCUUGAGCCAAUUGAGCUCAAGCUUCGACUCAGAGGCGACAGCGAAUGUUUGGGUGGAGUAUGCUAUUGGCGUUCAAGCGGCAAUGAGGUACUUCCGUGAUGCCUGUAAGGCGUCGCUAGGACGGACCAUCAAAACAGAGUUGCGACAAGGCAAUGAACGUCAGCAAAACGAGGACGCCACUCGUGAGAAGGCAGAUCCUCGUUUCUCAGCAGAGCGUUGGGUGCAAUACGUCUCUCAACGCUUCCCUAGUCUUGUCACAGCACAGACACAGGAAGCGCUUUCAGAGUUCAAGACUGGUGAUAUCGAGACAUCGGCCGCGGAAGAUGCGGCAGAUCAGCUCAUCGGCGACUUCCUUCUCAUCAGUCUGUUUGUCACAAGACAGCUCUACAGGCGCGCAACGGCUAUUGUUUCUCCCGAAGACAACGUGAGCGCCUCGAUUGCACUCAGUUCAGACUUCAAGGAGGGCAGCGACGAAGAGGAGCAAAGUCAAGAUCAAUACCUACAACUCCUUUCCGAUACUGCCAAGUUCAUUGUGUCACAGAUGAACCGAAGCCAGCAGGACGCCUUGUCUCUGAUUGAGGAGGUUCCUAGUCUCUUCCACUCAGAUGAUCUCAUUCCUCAAGCCGAUGGUCAAACCGCCUCGUAUCGGGAGCUGGCACAAAAAGACUGGAUAUUCGACUCUAGCCUUAGCCAGACCAACCCUCCCAGGUUCCCUCUCAGCGGUCUUUCUGAAGGACGUACCAUCAUCCUUUCUUUUGGUCUGCUAGUGCCUCUUCAGCUGCCAGCAUCCAUCUUUGACCCGAGCAAUGAUGCAGGAGUCACCAAGGGAAUUUUGCAUCGCAUCCUAGUUGCUGGUCUUUUGUUCAAAGACCACGCUGCCUCCCCACGAUCGCGGGCUGUCGUUCUGGCUAUAUUGACCAGCCUCGCCAACAAGUGUGUCGCAGCAGACAUGACUGAUAUUCUCGAGAGCCUCAACUCGCAGAUAGAGCUUGCAAUUAGUCCUUGUUCCGACACCGAAGCCGGACCCCCAGACGACAAUCGAGCACUCAUUGCGCGCCCUGUUUUUGCCGCCGUCGCUGGUAUUCUGAGGAAAUACAAGGGUGGCUACCUGGGCAAUGUUAUCGCUGGCAUCAUCAAAGGGCCUGCUGACCAGAAGAUUGGCCACGUUCUCGCUCGCAGAGUCGGACUGCUCUUCCGUGACCAAGACUGCCUUCAGAAAGAGUACAACCCCAAGCUCUUCAGCCCCUUAUGGCGGCAGCGCGCGUAUGUCGAGAUCAUCAAGCCCAUGCUGGCCAAGGCCUGGGGUAUAGGCACCAACAGCCAAGACAACACCCUCAUCACGGCCAACUACAGUAUAGCCGUUCUUUCCGCCACUCAGUGGUUGGACUACACGGUGUACGAGGAGGAUGCUGACGACUUGAUCCGUCUCAUCAUCUGCGUUGCCCGCAACAUUGGCGCCGGUCCAGAUCUUGAGGCCGGCCUGACGGUGCUACUGCGCAUCUGCUCCAGCGCCCCUGACAAGGUCAAGCCCUUCGCGAAGAGCGUCAUCCGAGAAUGCAGCGCCGUGCUCGAAGGGAAGGGGGAGUCACGGACUGAGGACUGGAUGCCGGCGGGCUUCCACCAGCUGGAUCCCACAGGCCGCAGCUCCAAGCAGUCGAGGCGCCUGGCGGUGAAGCUUCUGGGUGCUCUGCCAGCCUACUGUGAGCGGGGUGAUCUGCUUUCUGCUGCAUCGGCGGUGCGUCGCUCGCUGGCGAGGGCUUCUGGUGAUAGUGUGCGAGAGAUCAGACGUGCUGCCCUGGAUGCUCGGGCGGCGUGGGACCCCGUUAGAUAA